AUGGCUCCUCUUCGGGCUGAGCUGGAGGGCUCACGGAGCAGCUCUGGGACUGAAGAACUCGGGGAUAACUUCAAGCCAGCAGUGAACGGGUCCAGGGCUUAUUCGACCAUCACCCUGGUGGAGGAGGAGCCGGAGGAUCCUUGGGCAUUACCCAAACUCGAGGCAAUUGGCAUCAAGUGGUCAGACCUGAGUACCGGGAAGAAAAUCCGUCGUGUGCUGAUAGCGGCGUCGAAAAUCGUUUUACUACUUGGAUUCCUCUACAUGUUCGUUUGUUCACUGGACAUCCUGAGCUCGGCAUUCCAGCUUGUGGGAGGUAAAGCUGCUGGAGAUAUUUUCAAAGAUAACGAGGUCCUCGCCAACCCUGUGGCUGGGCUGGUGAUCGGAGUCUUGGUCACGGUUCUGGUGCAAAGUUCCAGCACCUCAUCUUCCAUCAUUGUCAGCAUGGUGUCCUCCGGCUUAUUGGGAGUGCAUUCUGCCAUUCCCGUGAUAAUGGGAACGAACAUCGGCACCUCCGUCACCAACACUAUCGUGGCUCUGAUGCAAUCCGGAGACCGAAAUGAAUUCAGAAGAGCCUUUGCAGGUGCAACUGUGCACGAUUUCUUUAAUUGGCUCUCGGUGAUCAUCCUGCUACCAAUUGAAGCAGCCUCUGGCUAUCUAUACUAUCUCACAGGCAUUAUUGUGAAAUCAUUUGAUAUCAAGAGUGGUGAAGAUGCUCCAGAUAUGCUUAAAGUCAUUACUGAUCCCUUCACAAAACUUAUUAUACAGCUGGAUAAAUCUGUAAUAAACAAUAUAGCAACAGGAAAUCCAAUAGCAACAAACCAAAGCCUUGUUAAGGAAUGGUGCAAGACCACAUCUAGUAUGGAAGAGAAAAAUGUGACUGUCCCCAGUAAACUUAAUUGCACAUCACCUGAAUUUUGCUGGGCUGAUGGCAACAACACGUGGACUCUGAAAAAUGUAUCACAAACAAUAAACCUUGAAAAAUGUAAUCAUCUAUUUUUGAAUUCAACAUUGUCUGAUUUAGGGAUUGGUCUCAUCCUCCUUGCAACCUCUUUGAUUAUCUUGUGUACCUGCUUGAUACUUAUUGUCAAACUUCUCAAUUCCAUGUUAAAGGGACAAGUUGCUACAGUUAUCAAAAAAAUUAUUAACACUGAUUUCCGAUAUCCAUUUGGAUGGUUAACUGGAUAUAUAGCUAUUGCAGUGGGCGCUGGAAUGACUUUUAUUGUUCAAAGCAGUUCUAUUUUUACCUCGGCUCUUACUCCAUUAGUGGGAAUUGGUGUGAUAAGUGUCGAGCGAGUCUACCCUCUCACAUUGGGUUCCAAUAUAGGUACAACCACAACAGCUAUUAUAGCUGCUCUUGCUAGUCCAGGAGAAACUUUAGCUAACUCUUUGCAGAUUGCUUUAUGCCAUUUCUUUUUCAAUAUUUCUGGAAUCAUCCUUUGGUACCCCAUACCAUUCAUGCGGGUUCCAAUUCGCCUAGCUAAAGCACUGGGGACUCAAACUUCCAAGUACAGGUGGUUUGCAAUCAUCUACCUGAUUCUGUGUUUUGUACUGCUCCCUCUAAUUGUAUUUGGGCUGUCAGUUGCUGGUUGGCAGGUUCUGGCUGGAGUAGGUAUUCCUAUCUUAAUUAUUAUAAUCAUCAUAAUUGUUAUCAACAUCAUGCAAACAAAGUGUCCAAGAUUUUUGCCAAAGAUACUACAAACCUGGGACUUCCUUCCCAUUUGGAUGCAUUCCCUCACACCCUGGGACAGAAUAGUGCAGCGUCUUACACUAUGUUGUUCCACUUGGUGCUUUAGAAAGUGUAAGUGUUGCAAGACUGAUGAUGAAUGUGGUGACAGAAGGGAAGAACAAAACAAAUCCAUUGAGGUUUAUGAAAAUCCAGUGAUCCUAGAGAAUGAAAAACAAGAUAUUAAGACAUUUCCCGUUGUAGAAAAUGAAACAAAAGUUAAUUCAACAAUUAUGUAGAAGCAGAACUAAUGGAAAGAACAGCUAAAAUAUGCUUUUGCAAAGUAGUGCAAUAUUUUUUAAGGAUUAACCUGUAUCAGUUUCUAUAGCUUCUGGUAUCCUGAAUGGUUAGUGUUGUUAAUAAUAUAUCUGCCAGAAGAGAUUCCUUCACCAGUUUAUGCUGUGCUGCAUUCAUGAAAUUUGUAUUCAAUCGUUGCCCUCAAGUGCAGGUUAUAAUAUGUGAACAAAAGUAUAAAUUGGUAUAAGUACUAUUUUAAAAUGCAGCAUAUUUUUUAAAAUUAGCACAAUAAUGUAUACCUUUAUCCUGUGCACUCUGAAAAGUAGUCUCUCAGACAAUUUUUCUGGUGCUUCCUUGUUUAUUGUACUUAGUGGGGACUCAGCAUUUCAUUGUGCACAAAUGUGUUGACAGUAUCGUGCAAAUGAAUAGUUCAUUGCAGGGAAUUGCAUCUUAAUAGGAAAAAAUAACUUUGAGCAAUAUUAAGAGUGUACCUGCAAUAAAUAGAACAUAACUGUGAAAGGGGUUUGGUGAGCAGGUGAAUGGAAAAUCUUCAAUACUUUGUGGACUAAUUGGAAGAAAGGAUGUCAUGAGCUGUGAGCCCUUGUGGAUAGUUCUUUCACACACAUAGAUGAUGAUUCAUAAAGCAAUGUCGCCAACCCAGUGUCAAUUUUGUACGUGAUACUGGGUAAGAAUGCUGAGCUGUUCAGGAACAAUUCAGGGUUUUAUAUCUAUAUUUCCCAAGGUCAAGUUCCAACAAUGUCUAUGAGUGCAUCAAUUCUGUUGGAUGGUGCUAAAAUAAUAACCCUGACUUGCAGGCUUCAAAAUGUGUUGUUUUAUUCACUUCCAAGUGUUUCGUAACCUGAGUGCUACAGUGAUGAACCUUCCUGAAACUAUUCCAUCAUUGCUGCAGCCAGUGCUUAAGCCUUUGGGAAUGAUCAAUAAGGAAUUGAAUGUGCAUUUGUCAUGUGCCAUUUUCAUGUUGAUAUUUAUAGAAAUAUAAUGACAAAAACUAGAGUAUGAAGUUUUGAUACAAGCUUACAUAAGACCUUGUAGCUUUAAUGCCAGAACAAUGGAUGCUUGAACUUAAGAGUUUCAAGUUUGUACUCCCAGCCCUGACCUGACUCAGAACACUCUUGUUGCCACUGUGCGAGCUAUAGCAGUUCUUAACUGAAUUACCCUCUGGGGCAGAGACAUAACCAGCAAGACCAGUCCUGUCCAACAGAAGCUCGAGCCAUACAGAAUAGACACACAAUAAACAAUCUUGCCAGCCUUGGAGAGAUUGGUGGCUCAGAUUGACUCUUCGUUCCUGAAAGCAAGAAGUAGGGGUGAUAGAUCCAAGAAAGGCAGCAAGUUUAUAAACAAGUACUAUGAAAAAUAACUGUAAAUUUGUCAGGAAAUUAAAAAGACUAUACAAAAGUUCAGUCUUUAUAUAUUAAGUAUACAUUUAUGUUUUUUUACAGAUAUAUAAUUUAUGUAUUGAAUGAGUAGUUACCUAAAUAUGUACUGUCAUGUAAAUUUGAAUAAUGGACUUUUGUGUAUAUUUUGUGUUACUUAUUUUUCUAUUAUUUUGUA